UGCUGUUUUAUAAGUUGAGAACUGAAUCGAGAGUGAACCCAUAAGUUCAUAAAGAGAUAUGGAGAACCAAGGACAUGGUGCUUUAGGUAAGUUUAAGCCAUUCUUUGCUGCAAUUUUCAUGCAAGUUGGGCUUGCAGGAAUGGAUAUCUUGUGUAAGGCUGCACUCAACCAGGGGAUGAGCAAUUAUACACUUGUCGUCUACCGUCAUGCCAUUGCCACCGUUGUCAUGGCUCCGUUUGCAGCCAUUCUCGACAAGAAAGUGAGGCCUAAGAUGACACUACCAAUCUUCAUCAAAAUAAUGCUGCUCGGCUUACUGGAGCCAGUCAUUGACCAAAACUUGUAUUAUGUGGGGAUGAAGUACACGACUGCAACGUUUGCAGCUGCCAUGUAUAACAUUGUUCCUGCCAUUACCUUUGUCAUGGCUUGGAUUUUAAGGCUUGAGAAGGUAAACUUAAGAUCCAUCCGAAGCCAUGGUAAAGUUGUUGGAACCCUUGCAACAGUUGCAGGAGCCAUGGUCAUGACACUGAUGAAAGGACCGGCGCUUGAGUUAUUUUGGACGAAAGGAAGAAUUAACCAUCAAGCAUCAGCAAAAAAUGGGACAGAUCUCCACGACACGAUUAAAGGUGGUCUAAUGAUUGCAGUUGGCUGCUCCAGCUACGCUUGUUUUGUGAUUCUGCAGGCAAUCACUAUGGAAACAUACCCUGCCGAGCUUUCUCUCACAGUUUGGAUUUGCCUGUUGGGUACGGUUGAAGGCACCAUAGCUGCUUUGAUAAUGGAAAAGGGAAAUGCUGCCAUCUGGGCCAUUAAAUGGGACACCAAGUUAAUUUCAGUUGCAUACAGUGGUAUUGUAUGUUCAGGACUUGGUUAUUAUAUUCAAGGGGUGAUAAUGAAAGACAGAGAUCCGGUGUUUGUUACGGCUUUUACUCCCCUAUGCAUGGUUAUCGUAGCCAUCAUGUCCUCUUUCAUUCUGGCUGAACAAAUGUAUUUGGGAAGGGUGAUUGGAGCUAUCAUCAUAAUUGCUGGUCUUUAUCUUGUGCUGUGGGGUAAAAGCAAGGAUUACAAGUCUCCACCCCCAUUAAUGGAGCAGCAAAUAGAAACAGCUAAAAUAGAUAUGGCUAACAUCGAAAAGGAAAGUUUCGAUCAUCAGGCCAUCACAAUUGAUGCUGCCAGGAGAGAAACGUCAAUCAGAGAUGAAAAAUUACAAGAGAAAAGCGAUUCAAUUCCAGUCUAGAGUGUUUCCAUUGUCAUAAAGGGAUUUGAUUUUAAUAUAAUAUCCACUACUUUUUGAGAAACGAGGGAAACCACUAGCAAUUAUUAUCGUAGUGGUUUCUGACGCAAGU